AUGGGACGGUUUUCUUUCUUUCUUCUUUUCUUACUUUCUUUUUUUUCUCUUUUUUCUUCCUCUCUUUCUUUCUUUCAUUCAUUUAAUUCUUCUUUCUUUCUUUCUUUCUUUCUUUCAUUUAGUUCUUCUUCUUUCUUUCUUUUUCUUUCUUUCUUUUUUCUUCCUUUUUUCUUUCUUUCAUUCAAUUCUUCUUUCUUUCUUUCUUUUUUCUCUUUUUUCUUUCUUUCAUUUAAUUCUUCUUCUUUCUUUCUUUUUCUCUUUUUUCUUUCUUUCUUUCUUUCAUUUAAUUCUUCUUCUUUCUUUCUUUUUCUCUUUUUCUUUCUUUCUUUCUUUCUUUCAUUUAAUUCUUCUUCUUUCUUUCUUUCUUUCUUUCUUUUUCUCUUUUUCUUUCUUUCUUUCUUUCUUUCAUUUAAUUCUUCUUCUUUCUUUCUUUCUUUCUUUCUUUCUUUUUUCUCUUUUUCUUUCUUUCUUUCUUUCUUUCUUUUAAUUCUUCUUCUUUCUUUCUUAUUUUUAACCUUCCUUCCUUUAUUUUCCACGCUUUCUUUUAUUCCAUUUCUUUAUUCCGCCUUUAUUUAUUUGAUCUCUCUUUCUCUCUCACUCACUCACUGUCUUUCUUUCCUUCUUUCUUUCUUUGGCUUUUCUCGAUAUGACUUCAUUUUUUUUCUCAUCGCAGUUUUUCGGUAUCUCACUUUCGCAUUAACACAAAUAAAUAUUCCACCUCUCUAA